CAUGCUUUUGAGGCGUUUGUGGAACAUUUGGCUUUCCAUAGCGCAACAAACACAAAGACUCCGGCACGCGCCACUUCGGUUCAGGCGCAAAAAGAGCAAAAACGAGAGAGAGAGAGUGAGAGAGAGAGUGAGAGAGAGAGAGAGAGAAGACAGAACAGAAAUUACACUCGAUACUAUCCUGCCUGGAAGAACAGUCUUAUAUUUCAUUAGCCUAUAUAUUGCAUGAAUUCUUCAAACUUAUUUACGCAAUAAUUAUUAUGAUGAUGAUGAUGAUGAUGAUGAUUGUGGCUGGUCAGUGAGUCCAGAUGCGCAGUGAUGAGGAAUUAGUCUGAAUUAGUCUCAGAAGUUGUGACGUGACGUUCUGGGAAUAAACAUGGCACAAGGAAAAGUUUAAACGGGAAAAAAUCUGAGGUUUUGUGUCCGUAUGGACGGGAAAGCACCAUCGGAUCUUUACCCAAGGAUGCCGUGCUGGACUCCGUGAUCCCCUCAGAAAUAAAGAUCCAUAACUAUCUUUCUUUCUUUCUUUCUUUCUUUCUUUCUUUCAAUCAGUGUCAUUUUUCACUGGAUGCCAAGUGGAGCUACAGGAAUCUGGAUGUGAAAUAGUUCAAUAAAAGGGCGAUUAGAGAUGGAAAUGUCUCAUUUCUUUUAAACAACCGGAAUCACCGCACCUUCAUUCGGAUUUAUCAUGAUUUUAUUAAAUAUUCUGGCACUCCUGAUUGUAGCGGAUGAGGUGGUUGCUUUGGAGAAUGGUGAAUGGACAGCCCCCAUGGACUGUUUACGGGCGAGCGAGAUGUGUAACCAAAACGCUCAGUGCAGCUCACGUUUCCGUAUCAUGCGCCAGUGUCUGGUGGGCCGAGACCGCAGUGCCAUGCUAGAGAAUAAGGAGUGCCAGGCGGCACUGGAGGUCCUGCAGGACAGCCCACUGCACCACUGCCACUGCAAGAGGGGCAUGAAGAAGGAGCUGCAGUGCCUGCAGAGCUACUGGACCAUCCACAUGAGCCUCAACGAAGGAGAAGAACUUUACGAGACGUCCCCCUACGAGCCAAUGCAUUUCUCAGAUGAAUUCCGACUCGCUUCUAUUAUUUCAGCUAUGGACUCGGCCUCGUCUAAGGGUACCGUGUGUCCCGAGUCUAUGAAUUCGUGUAAUCCAUGUCUGGAUGCUACAAAGGCGUGUAACCUGAACGCGGUGUGUAAGCGUCAGCGCUCGGCCUACGUCACCGCGUGUAGCCGCUCUGUACCCAUCACACUCUCCGAGCCGUGCAGCCGUAAACGCUGCCACCGGGCACUGCGCCAGUUCUUUGAGCGCGUGCAGAACGAUCUCAGCUACCCACUGCUCUUCUGCUCGUGCAGGGACAAAGCGUGUGCUGAGCGACGACGCCAGACCAUCGUACCCACCUGCUCUUUUGAGGAAAAGGCGAAACCGAACUGCCUCGAGCUCCGGAGGAUCUGUCGAUCAGAUGCACUCUGCAGAUCCAGAUUGGCAGACUUCCACAUGAACUGCCAGACGACUCCGCACUCGAUAACGAGCUGUCCUAAUGACAACUACCAUGGCUGUCUCGUGUCCUACGUGGGGCUUAUAGGAUCAGAUGUGACCCCAAACUAUGUGGAUGCCAACCACGCCAACAUCACCAUAUCGCCAUGGUGCAGUUGCCGUGGCAGCGGUAACCAGGAGACAGAGUGUGAAGCUUUUCUGCGUGACUUCAGAGAGAACGCAUGUCUACGAAACGCAAUCCAGGCAUUUGGUUACGGAGCAGACGCUGGUUUCCUUCCGUUCACCGAAUCUCAUUCCGUCGUCCCAUCUGAAAAACCCAACCUUCACCCUGCCAUUAUAACUAAACCCGACAUCAUCAACAACGACGUCAAACAGGUCGAGAGUGCGUGCGUUUUCUCCACAUGCGCUAAUCUUAAGGACGGUGCAGAGAAGUGUUCUCCCUCCAGCAGUUUUGAAUGUGCAGAUGAGAACGUUCUGGACUCCAACAUGGACGGCUCCAUCGACUCCCACCAAUCCGAGAACGACAGACACUCAUCCGCGUAUCUGUCCAGCAUCUCCACGGCAACCAUCGUCCUGUCCAUCGUACUUGUCAUUCAGGUCGUGUAAAUAAAUCUCCGAGUCCACAAGGGCCAAAACAAUCAGCUGGACACCUCCAGUCCAAACACUGACAUUGAUCUCUGUCAUUCUCUCUAUCUCUAUCUCUCUCUCGCUCUUUCUCUUUCUGUGUGUCUCACAAGCCAUUUUUAACAAUUUUCGUCAAAAUGAAGAGAAGCAGCGACUGCAGAAUUGUAGUCCUACAGCACGGGAAGCAUCUCCGUGACUAUUAGCUUAGCAUCAUGGGCUAAUCAGGGGGAGUUUUGAGAAAAUUGGGAUUGAACAGCCAAAGGAAGUAAGAAUGCAAAAAAGCUUUUGUGAUGUACAGGUAUAUAAUCACAGGAGACCUUUCAUGGAUAAUUGAAACAGCAUGUGGCUGUCAGAUACAGACGCAUUUUCCAUAAUAAUGAGCUUCUUCUUUAUAAUUACAUCCAGCUGAGCAGCAAGUUCUGUAAAAUAAAUCUCCACACAGCUGUCUGAUAUGGCAGGACACAUGGUUCAUAUGUAAAACGCUUUUAAUUUACAGAUAAAGUCAGGUCCAACAGUAUGAGUUAGCAGAAAUGACUUUUUUUUAUCGAAUCAGUUGUCAAACACUAAGGCUAGUGGAUGACUAGAAAUAUGGAUGCUUCACCCCAGACCAUCUCUGAUUGGCUGACGCUUGGUCAUGUCAAAGUAUGUUACACUAAAAAUGGAAAUAAUAUGGAUAAUGGAGAUCAAUUUUCACACAAUGCCACGCCUCAGUUGGCAUGGCAUCUUCAGCACUGAGUUAUAAAUAAGGAAUAAAACAUGAUAGGGUGGCCGCUUUACGUCUUAGGCUGCAUCACACUCCUCUGUCAUUGAUUAUUUAUCCAUAACCGCAUGACCUGCAAUGCUUUCUUCCUCUCAUUCCACAGCCAUUUGUGCCUACAUUUAUGGUUCAUUUGUUACUAAUUAAAGAGCAACCCGUCAUGUUGUUAUCCGUUUACAGUUACAUUUAAUAUUAACUCCUGAUAUCCUUUAUGCUAUAACAAGUCUGGGAAGACAUUCCUUCAGAGAAUCUCCAGCGCUGAUUCUGGAGACUCCUCCGAAACAUGCAAAAUA